GGAGGAGGAGGGAAGGGCGGGGCGUGCAGCGCGCAGGCCGAGCCCGCUGCCCCCAGCCGCCGCAGCCCGGCCGCCCACCUGGUGCCAGGUGCCCACCCGCCAUCUUCUCCCGGACCCCCAGCGUCCUCCGCCCGCGGCUGCCCGGCGCCGCAGAAGCGUAACGGAGCGGGGCUCAGCUCACCAGGGUGGGGCUUGCUCCUAGUCGCCGAUCCGCACGGAAAGGCCCUGACGUGUUGCCAUGGCCGAGGGAGCCACAGCGGCGGAGGCGUGCUUCAGUGAGGAUGAUUUUUACUGUCCCGUCUGCCAGGAGGUGUUCAAAACGCCCGUGAGGACCGCGAACUGCCAGCACGUGUUUUGCAGGAAGUGCUUCUUGACAGCUAUCAGAGAAAGUGGAACACAUUGUCCUCUCUGCCGGGGGAGCGUGACUAAAAAAGAAAGAACAUAUCCCAAAAGGGCUCUAGAUGUUGAAAACAGUAUGAAGAAAGCUUCUGGGGGCUGUAGAUGCUGUGAGAAGCAGGUUAGAUUUUCGUGGAUGAGACAGCAUUAUAAAACGUGUAAGAAGUAUCAGGAUGAAUAUGGUGUUUCUUCUAUUAUUCCAAACUUACAGAUUUCCCAAGAUUCUACAGGGAACAGUAGCAGGAGUGCUGUGGUAUCUGAUAAUGGCGAGAUGGCUAAUAAUCAAAUGCUUCAAGGAGAAACAAGUGGACACCCAACCUUCAAAUGCCCCUUGUGUCAGGAAGCCAAUUUUACCAGACAGCGCUUGCUGGAUCACUGUAAUAAUAGACAUCUUUAUCAGAUAGUUCCUGUAAUCUGUCCUAUUUGUGUAUCUCUUCCUUGGGCAGAUAGUAACCAGGUGACUAGAAAUCUCGUUAGCCAUCUAAAUCUAAGACACCGGUUUGACUACGGAGAAUUUGUGAGAUUUUAGUUAGGACACUGGUGGACUCUAUCAGCAGAUCAAAAUGGAAAAGACAUCCUUGACUUCACAGUUCCCUAACCAUGUCAAGGAAGGACAUGCAAUACUUUGGCUGCUAUGUGUCCUGGUAACUGUAGAGUAAAGAAAUAAUCCAAGGCUGCUAUUCUUCUUGUACAUCUGAAAAUGUCCACCAUCUAUAGGUUGUUCUAUCCUUUAUUAAUUAAUCUCCAGGAAUGGUCAAUUAUUUCUUACUGUAGGUCUUGGUCUUAGAAGUAUGAUAUGGCUGUAGUGCUUUCUAUCUUCAAAGAAAAAUGCAAGCAGUUGCACAGCAAACCCCUGAAGGAAAAUAAGAGGUAGGUAUAUUGCCUGAACAUAGACAGUCAGUGAUAAAGCAAGAUGUUUGCCAUUGUAGAGAAUGUUCUGACAAAAGUAGGCAAGGUCUGUAGAAAAGAUCUCUGCUUGGGUAGAAAAAACUUCUUUAAGACUGCCCAUCCAUCUAUUACUUUCUCCUCAGCAUGUAUUAAAAAAGCAUUUAGCUACUUCAUGAGUGACACCAAAAUUUAUGACAAGAACUUCUGUCUUAAAAAGUCCUGAUAUCCUGUUGUUCAUAUAUUAUUUUACUGUUGCAUCUUGUUUAAUUAUACUAGAUGACUGGUUGAAGUAUCAAAACUCUGAGUUUUAUUCAUUUAAAAGCAAUGUGAAUUGGAGGAAAAA